AUAUUUUUCCAAUUGAGUAUAAACUUUACAUUUAUUUUGACCAUUAGCUUCGCGUCUAUGCUUGCUGCCACUUGCUUUUUUUUUUCUUUCUUUCUUUUUUUGGCCCCUAAACUGAAAGAAUUGUAUUAUUAGCUCAUGAAACUUUCCAUUAGAUAUUUGCUACAAUAAUAGAGCAUCAUUAUCAACACGGAAGCUGCCUCAGCUGAACGCCCCGCCACAGUCUCCUAAAGCAGGUUGGAGCCCCUAACAGUCAGUAGUAGCGCCUCCUCCGAGCUCACAACGCCAUAAUGUCUCUCCUAGUCUGCUUUUUUUUGACACUUCACUUUUUCAUCUUUUACUCUAAUCACAGCGUUACCUUAUUCUAAGUGACACUCUGAUCAUCUAGUGUCAGCUGUCUCCAUUGUUGUCUGGAGACGCGGCUGAAUAGCCUCCCACGUGCCAUCAUUCGUUUCAAACACCAUACGUAAUUCAUCUCCGCCAUCAUUGACAACCUAAUCAAGCUCUCUCCUAUCUGUGACCGGGCAAUCAGCCCCGGGCGGCACAGCUGCAAUGCUGAGGGUCAAGAGCUCGCGUCGUCCCGCGGGACUCAGGCCUACAGAUUACGAUCAUGAAAUUGCCCUAGUCGACCACGAUGCCGCCGCGACACCGACAGGGUCAGUUACACCCGAACCUCAUAAUAUAACGAGAUACUCAACAACCUCAAGAUUGUUGGACCUGGAGGAGGAACACGAGGAGGAACAGCAAGAGAAUCGUGACGAGCAAGAUGGCGGCCAAAAGAAGCCAUCGAGCAAUACGCCCAACAAUGCUCACACCAAUGAGCAUGACGAUUCCCAUACUGAGGGUGAAAGCCAGACCCAUCCAUCAUCGAACCGCAUUGAGAACGGCCAACCUUCAACGCCCCCACAAACAAGACCAUCCAUUGAAGUCCAAGAGCCAACCCCCGACGGCUUUCACGGAGAUCAUCCAAAUGUGAAGCCAAGGAAGCCUCAUGUCGAACGCGAGACAGCGAUAGACAUCCUUUACGAGAAUGAAAGGGGUGGGUUUCUCUGCGGCAUUCCUUUGUUUUCUUCGCAAGCUCUUGGAGGUCUUGAUCCACCUGCUUGGACCAACGGGUACCAUAAAGCUUCGCCAAGCAACAUCCACAAUGCACAAGUUCCCGACCCUACAUGGGAAUGGGCGUGGCCCGAAUGGCGAAUUAACUAUCAAAAAGGUGUUGACGAACAUGGCUGGGAAUAUUCCUUCCACUUUUCAAAAAAGUUUUCCUGGCAUAGCGGCAAGUGGUGGAACUCGUUUGUUCGAAGACGUGCCUGGAUUCGCAAGAGGGUGCGAAAGAGACCGGAGGAAGUGUCUGCCGAUCCGCACAUGCUCAACACGGAUUACUUCACGAUACGGCCAGCUCCUCACAAAUCACCAAAGUCUCGUGCGAGUGUCAUUAGCAGUCGUCUCAGUCGCUCGAGUAUGAGCCAGAUGUCGGCCGCGGACGCGGACGAGAAACCUGCCGAUAUUGAUAACGUGGACGACCUCAUGCGCGCUCUUCGACAAGCCAGGAUAGACCGAGAGAAGCUUGACGCUGUCAACAACUACAUGGAACAUGCAACGGACCUCCAAAACCUUCAGCACGAGAUGCAUGAGAUAAUGUCUUUGUUUGUUUUCCAACAAUCACGUCGCAUAUUGCUCAGCAGAUUGAUGGAGAUUCAUGACGAGACGACAACCCAGAUGAAGAAGACGAACACUUCUGAAUUACGAGAGCGAAACCAGGCAUUAAAGGAUGCCGUCCAUCAUGCUGAUGAAGAGGUUCGGAAGCUAGCCUACUGGAGCGAUGUCAAGCAAAUGGCCGAGAGCGGCGAGGCGAAAGAGGCAGUCAAAGAAGAUAAAGGGUGGGAUGAAAGUUGGGAAGGUGUCGACCAGAGCGGCGGCGCUCAUCCAAUGCGGGAAAAGGCCAUGGUUAACGGUAAAAAGGAGGCAUCGGAGACGUGAGUGAAAACGGUUGUCAAGUUUCAACCUUGUGAUGAGCAAAGAAACAUAGGCAUCUGAUGGGAAGCAGACAAGGCGUUGUUGCAUUGGUGCAGCUGGCGAUUUGAUGCUGGUAACUACAAGCUACUUGGUCACUAUUGUAAUACCUUUAUAAGUUUACUACAUACAUGAUUCGUUUUGGUUUAUCACAUUGACAUGGCCUUAUACACGACGAGUCAAGUCGAG